GGGCGAAACACCGCUUCAUUUUGCUGCGCAAGUAGGACUAAACGAAACUUACAAGUUGCUACUCGAGAGAGGUACUGACGUGGAUGCCGAAGACGAAAACGGAUUAACGGCGCUGUCUGAAGCCCUACAGAAGAGACAGAAAGAUAUCGUACAAAGCCUCGUAGAUCAGGGUGCCGAUAUCAACUCGAAAACUGAAAUUAGCAUGGAGACACCGCUUCAUAUUGCUGCGCAAGCAGGACUACAAGAAAUUUGCAGGUUCCUACUCGAAAAAGGCGUUGACGUGAAUACUCAAAACGAAAAAGGAGAAACGGCACUGCACCUAGCCAUUCGGAAGGGACACAAAGAUAUUGUACAAAUCCUCGUAGAACGUGGUGCCGAAAUCAACGUGAAAACUCGAAUAGGCGAGUCACCGCUCCAUUUUGCUGCGCAAGUAAGAGUAGACGAAACUUGCAGGUUGCUAAUCCAGAGAGGAGCUGACGUGCAUGCCGAACACAAAAACGGAUUAAAGGCUCUGUUGGUAGCCAUUCAGGAGAGACACAAAGAUAUCGUUCAGAUCCUCGUAG